UUCCACUGACUGAGAAGGAGGGGUGAAAUGCUUGUGGACUCCUGUUGCUAAAAGCAUAAGAAGCCAAUGCAAAAUCUGUUAGAAAAAGAAAAGAGUUUGCUGUAUCAUGGCUUUCAUGCUGGAGAAAAUAAUGACCACCCCGCUCCACAGUCUGCAUUUACUUAUUGGGUUCAUCUUCAUCCUUGUGUUGCUGAAAGCCAUUCAGUUAUACUGGAGAAGAAGAGCACUGCUGAACACCUUUGAGAUGUUUCCUGGUCCUUGCAGCCACUGGUUUUAUGGCCACAACAAGGAGGUCCAACGAGGAGAAGAAUUCAAGAAGUUCUUGGAAUGGACAGAAAAAUAUCCUAUUGCCUUUCCUAGAUGGUUUGGUGGCUUUACAGCUGGCUUAGUAAUCAACCACCCUGAUUAUGCUAAAGCUGUGUUUGCUCGACAGGACCCUAAGAGUAUGGUUACCUACAGGUUCUUCAUUCCCUGGAUUGGCAAAGGCCUACUGAUCCUACAUGGACCAAAGUGGUUUCAACAUCGUCGAUUGUUGACUCCAGGGUUCCAUUAUGACAUUUUGAAACCUUAUGUACCACUUAUUGCUGAUUCAACCAAAGUGAUGUUGGAUAAAUGGGAGAAUCUGCUUGCUAACGAUUCCACAAAGUCACUAGAGGUGUUUGAACAUGUCAGCUUGAUGACUCUAGACAGCAUCAUGAAAUGUGCAUUCAGUUACCAAAGCAAUUGCCAGACUCAGAGACAGUUGGAUUAUUAUGUCAAAGCUGUGUACGACCUGACCAAUUUGGUGUCUCAGAGAAUCCGCACGCUCCUCCAUCGGAAUGAUCUAAUCUAUUGGUGCAGUUCACAUGGGCGUCAUUUCAGGGAAGCCUGCAAAUUGGCCCAUCAACAUACAGAACAAGUCAUACAAGACAGGAGACGAUCCCUCAAGGAGGAAGGAGAACUUGAAAAGAUCCAGAAGAAACGAUACUUGGAUUUUCUGGAUAUUCUUCUUUGUGCCAAAGAUGAAAAUGGAGCUGGAUUAUCUGAUGAAGAUCUGCGUGCUGAGGUAGACACUUUCAUGUUUGAAGGCCAUGAUACCACAACCAGUGGUAUUUCCUGGAUCUUAUAUGCAUUGGCUCAGAAUCCAGAACAUCAGCAAAGGUGUAGAGAGGAGUUAAAGGACAUUUUAGGAGAACGAGACUUGGUUCAGUGGGAAGACCUGGGAAAGAUGACUUACACCACCAUGUGUAUUAAGGAGGCCCUUCGUCUUUACCCUCCAGUCCCUGGUGUGUCCCGAGAACUUAGUAAACCCAUAACUUUUUGUGAUGGACGCACUUUGCCUAAAGGUUCCAUAGUGAUAAUUAGCAUUCAUAAUAUCCACCGAAACCCAACAAUAUGGGAAGAACCAGAGAUGUUUGAUCCCACAAGGUUCUCUUUAGAGAACUCUUCCCAGCGACAUUCCCAUGCUUUUGUGCCCUUUGCAGCUGGACCAAGGAACUGCAUUGGACAGCAGUUUGCCAUGAAUGAAAUUAAAGUAGUUAUUGCCCAAAUCCUGCUCCGAUUUGAAAUCUUGCCUGAUUCAGCAAAACUUCCUGUUCCUAUUCCCCAAGUUGUCUUGAAGUCUGAAAAUGGAAUACAUGUAUUGCUAAAGAAACUUGAUGAACGGUAAAGGAUAGAAAAGAAUCUUGCAUCCAGAGUGAUAUGAAUGCCUUUCUUCAUUACCAGCAUUGUGACUACUCCCUUUAAUUUCCAUGCAAGACAUAGAGCAAAAUUUCUACAUUUGAUUUUUAAAGCAAUAUGAUUCUUUAAAUCUCUUGUUCAUUGGUGGAAAGAGGUGAAAAUCGUCCUUCUCCAAAAGUUUUUAUACAUUUAUUGAUAAACUACCCACAGAUUAUGUCUUUACAUUCUUUGUGUGACCAAAGGGUUUAAGCACAAUUUUAGUUAUGGAUACAUAUAAUGCUUAUUUUGUUACUGUGAGUCAUUACUGAAAACUGAAAUACUGGAUUCUAAAAAUUUAACAAAUAAAUGUUUUGAGAGACAAUAA